CUCUCAACACCGGAAUACAUACACACAGAGAUCAAAUAUAUUGUUCUGAAAGUUGGAAAGCGUCAAAGAUUUACAGAAGAGGAAAAGAAAAGGAAAUAAUUUGUCAAGAAGAUCACAUGGCAAUGUUUGCGAAAGACGAUCUCAAAGCCACAGAGCUUACGCUUGGAUUACCAGGAUGCGCAAGAGGCAACAAGAGAGCUUUGGCAAACGACACAAAUGAAGAACCUAAAUCUACUAACAACACCACCCCGGAUGCCAAGAAAUUUAGUAAUGACGACCGAGAAAACGCUCCACCUACAAAGGCACAAGUUGUGGGGUGGCCACCGGUGAGGUCAUACCGGAAAAACUGCUUCCAAGCAAAGAAGACGAAUGCAGAAGCCGAAGCGAGCGGGAUUUAUGUGAAAGUUAGCAUGGAUGGAGCACCAUACUUGAGAAAAAUGGAUUUGAAGGUGUACAAGGGAUAUCCUGAGCUUCUUAAGGCCUUGGAAGACAUGUUCAAGUUCAAAGUUGGCCAAUAUUGCGAGAGACAAGGCUACAAUGGCUCAGAAUUUGUGCCUACUUAUGAGGACAAAGAUGGAGAUUGGAUGUUGGUUGGCGAUGUUCCUUGGGAAAUGUUCAUUUCUUCAUGCAAUAAGCUGAGAAUCAUGAAAGGCUCGGAAGCUAGAGGCUUGGGCUGUGCCGUGUGAUUCAUGAUCAUCGGAUAUAAUUUGUCAUGGUAACCAAAGGGGUUAACACUUGAGCUUGGGCUGUCGGUGAAGAAAUAUAACCUUCAGAUCUUUGAUGUUUUGUUGCGGAAUAGCAGCGGAAAGUUUGGCACAGGAAUUAAUAUGUUCUCUACAGGACAAAGAAAAAAAUAUAUUUUUUUUAAUGCAAAGAAAGGCCCUGUGUAUUUUGUUGAUGAUCAUAUGUAUAUAUCCGAUCUCCGAACUCAACUGUACAUAGAAGGAAAAAAGAAAAGAAAAAGGCAAACUUUGAGUUUGUAAUUUCUAAUAUUGCUUCAAUAUUGUGAGAAAGUUAUCUUGCAUU